UUUCUGUUCGCUUUCCUUCCGGACCCCAACGUCUCCCGCUGUGUCUUCUCGGUCUCCCGCCGCUCGCUUUGCGUGUGUCUUGCCCGCUGCUUGGUUCCCCUCCCGUUGUCUGUCUGUCCGCCUCCGCCCGCAGGAUACCUCAGUGACUACGUGGGGCCUGCGUCUGUCUACGAUGGCGACGCUGAGGCGGCGUUACUCAAAGGGCCAUCCCCGGAGCCUAUGUAUGCUGCGGCUGUGCGCGGAGAGCUGGGUCCCGCGGCCUCUGGCUCAGCACCGCCGCCCACCCCUCGCCCAGAGCUGGCUACUGCUGCUGGCGGCUACAUCAACGGCGACGCGGCGGUCAGCGAAGGCUACGCGGCUGACGCCUUCUUCAUCACUGAUGGGCGCUCACGCCGUAAGGCUGCUAAUGCCAAUGCUGCCGCGGCCCCCUCCACAGCCUCGGUGGCGGCCCCCGACAGCGACAGUGGAGGUGGGGGCGGGCCGGGCACGCGAGGCUCUGGAUCAGGGUCCGCUAGUCGGGGUGGCACGCGCGUGGGGGCGGGCACCGAGGCGCGUGCGGGGCCAGGAGCCACGGGCGCUGGUGGCCGGCACGCGUGCGGUGAGUGCGGCAAAACUUACGCCACGUCGUCGAACCUGAGCCGCCACAAGCAAACGCACCGCAGCUUGGACAGCCAGCUGGCAAGGCGUUGCCCAACGUGUGGCAAGGUGUACGUGUCCAUGCCGGCCAUGGCUAUGCACCUGCUCACGCACGAUCUACGCCACAAGUGCGGCGUGUGCGGCAAAGCCUUCUCGCGGCCCUGGCUGCUGCAGGGCCAUAUGCGCUCUCACACGGGCGAGAAACCCUUCGGCUGUGCGCACUGCGGCAAGGCCUUCGCAGACCGCUCCAACCUGCGCGCACACAUGCAGACGCACUCCGCCUUCAAGCACUUCCAGUGCAAGCGCUGCAAGAAGAGCUUCGCGCUCAAGUCUUAUCUCAACAAGCACUACGAGUCAGCCUGCUUCAAGGGCGGCGCCGGUGGCCCCGCAACCCCUGCGCCGCCGCAGCUCAGCCCGGUUCAAGCCUAGGGCAGCGGGGCCUCCGCCAGCCAGGUCGGCUCUCAGCAAUACGGGCCCCCCAGGGAAGUCUCCGCUGGCGUCAGGGCGGAGGGGCUGGAGGGCGGGCCCCUCCUUACAGCAAUAGGGGUAGGGAGCCGGCCCCAUCCCGCCCCGCUCGCCAGGAGCCUUGCCAGCCCCUUCAAGCAAUAGGGUCCCGAGGGGAGACCCACCCCGAUACCCCUCCCCUCUCCUCCAGGGUGCCCCAGGCUUUCUCCCAGCAAUAGGGUCUACCAGACCCAGAACCGAACCUCAUCUCUUAGUUGGGUCUCUGAAGACAGGGGUGAGGUGAGGUAAGGAGCGCCCUCCUCCCUCCUCUGCGCCCCUGGAUCGCGUUGCAGAGACUCAGGUCUUCCCCACCCCUUCCCAAGCCUUCCAGGCCAAGCCUUCAGCCCGGCGUCCAGGGAGUCAGCUCCACCCGGGCAGCUGGCCGGAGGAGGAGCAGGAGAGCAGGCGGGCCACAGAGGCGUUCUGUUCAUCAGGCUUUGUAGACCUCCCGGGAGUGCUAGACGAUUUGGGGAUGGGGAGGGGCGCGGACGGCGGCAACCCUCUCCCUCGGGUUCUUUCUGGGGCCUCAGUCCGAGCCUCCCUCCUACCCUCGCCUCGCAUCCUCUGCCAAAUCCGAAUUCUUCCAGCCCGGCUUCCUGGGCUCUGUCCUCCAUAACGAAUAAUAAUGACGCAUAUCGGAAUCGCAUGAACUUAUCCGACCUACUCAGACCCCGAUCCCACCCUGCCCCGGGGCCCCCUCCCUCGCUCCCCAGGCUUCGGGUGUUGGAGGACGGAUACCCGGGCCGGCAGGCUGGCGUGCCACUGCCCUCUACACACCUCUGUAUUUGCUUUGCGGGUAAAGCCCCCUGGGGGGGUUGCGGACGCGUCGGGUUUCUUUCUUUCUGUAUUUAUACGUUUUAUUUAUGAACGGAUUGCACUCGGGUCAGGGAGGGGGCGCCGAACCCUCAUUCUUCCCACCGACGCCCGGGGCUUAGGUUGUCCAGGACCACUUCCUCUGCCCCUGAGCUUUGCCUCACAGAGGCCGGCCCUUUCCCGGAGGCCAGGCCCAGCCCCCACUCGGUUGCCAACUUUCACCCGUCUAUGCCAAAGCCUCGGCGGUGACCCUACCCCAAGGGCCCGCCCCAUUGGCCGCCGCCUUUGUGACAUCACUGCAUGCAGUCCCACCCUUCUUCCCAACCCUUCCCGGGGCUGCCCGCUCCCCUUCCUCUUAGUUAGUCCGAUGCAGACUAUAGAGCAAUAAUGCGCACUGCAUGUGAAGCUGCCGCAGCCUCUAGAGUUACUGAGAAUCAGGUAUCCCCUGCCCUACCCAUCCCAUAGGCCCCUAGAUCAGGGAUGCUGCGCGGGGCCGGCCACGCAGACUUUCUUUCCCCAUUCCCUACCCCAGGGCAGAGCCCGGCAGGCGUCAUGGUUCCAGAGGCUGGAAUGGAAUGGUAUCAACCACA